AGCACGAACUUAUGAGCCUAUCGUCAUAAUAACCAGCGGUGUAACAAGUAAAAAUACAAGAUGGCGCUCAGCGUUCCUUAUUCCAGGCGGAAAAGAGAACAAUUAUUAUAUUAUUUGAUGCAGGAAUUAGACAGAUCUCUAAAAGAAUCUGGAACGAAUACUGAUUGAAGACAUCUUGUUUUAUCGCCAAUGGAAGAUGACAAAUGUAAAAGACUUUUGCGGAUUGAAUGGGACUACAUUCAUCAUAUGGGACGGUAGCAAUGACUUUGGAUCUUGUUUUGAACUCUUGUGUCUUGCAUGCCCGGCAAACUUCUUCUUAGCUUGUUCAAGUAUAUUCUAUGCCAUUGGAAAGCGUCACCGAUUUGAUCUUCCGGAUGGUCGCCCUUACCUGUUUGCGAUGCUGCAGGCCUUUAUUUCCUGCCUAAUAUCUUUAGAAUCGCUGAUUGAAGCUGUUUGUUCAUGGAUCCUAAAAAAGUACCAUCCUCCAGUAUACCUUCUAACUUGUUCACUCAUAGCAUUAGCAUGGAUUUCAAAUGCAGUGAAUGUGUGGAGAAACAGGCAUGUAAUCCUCUUGAGGAGGUGUUAUGCCACAGUUCAUGUUGCAAUCAUAAUUUUGGCUUUCUCGGUGACAGCUAUUCAAGUUUACUCGGUUGCUCUGAGAAUCCAUGACAACAACGUUGGUCCCUUGAUCAUUCAUGAUUAUGGCACCAUAGGCAGGAUGUCUCUUCAGCUUAUAUUUCUGAUCCUACUAAUUCCACCAGCUUGUGUUGAUCACAACAAGAUCGGCUUGAAUGUUGAUUUCUUGUCGUCAACACCUGUAGCUACUGGUAUCCAGAGUGGGACAAAAAGAUAUGCAUUACUACGAUCUAUCUCGAGAACUACAUUCUACAGUGGCACCCAGUGUAUUACUGAUGACCUUGGUGUUGCCGAAGACAGAUCAAAUUUCUUUUCCAAACUAACAUUUUGGUGGGUAAGACCUAUGAUGAAGAAAGGACACAAUGGCAAUCUCCAAUGUAUAGAAGAUCUAUUCCUACUACCUCAAAGUCUUUCCACAGAAAAAUUGAGAAUUAUUUUUUCAGCUAAUUUUGAUUGUUUGAUCUCAAAGAGGGACACAACAAAUAAACUAGGAGUACAGCGAAGCAUCUCCGAUCCAAAUUUUCAAAGAUGUGCUCCUGUUAGGAGACUAACCAGUGAUGGUGGUUAUACUAGUGCAGAAGUUUCAGAAAAGGGUGCCACUGACAUUUCAGCUGCUAAAAUGAAUAGUCAGACAUCUCUUCUAAGUGCCCUUCACCAUUCAUUUGGUGUACAGUAUUACUGCAUUGGACUUCUUAAAUUGUUGGGAGAUGCUCUUAGCUUUGCUGGUCCCCUCUUGCUGCAUGCACUGGUAUCUUUUAUGGAAAACAGACAGGAACCAAUAUCUCAUGGCUAUUAUUAUGCAUCAGGAUUGUUCUUGACAACAUUUUGUGUAGCAUUUGUCAAUUCACAGUUCAACUACUGGGUGAAUAAAAUUGGCUUAAAGAUCCGAGUUGCUGUUAUCACCACAGUGUAUAACAAGUCUCUUGCUGUCAGCCUUACCACUUUGUCAAAGUUUUCCUCAGGAGAAGUAGUGAAUUUUAUGAGUACAGAUACAGACAGGGUGGUCAACUUUGCUCCGAGUUUUCACCAGUUCUGGAGUUUACCAUUUCAGAUUGCAGUUUCUUUGUACCUCCUACAUCAACAGGUGGGCAUAUCAUUUUUGGCUGGUCUAGGCUUUGCCAUACUUUUAAUUCCUGUAAACAGAUGGCUGGCUGAAAAGAUUCAGAAGUUAAGUAAAGACAUGAUGGAACAGAAAGACAAUAGAGUUAAGGUGAUGAAUGAAAUUUUACAGGGAAUUAGGGUGAUAAAGUUCUAUGCUUGGGAGAAGAACUUCGAGGAGAAGAUAAACAAGUUGAGGGCUGCAGAGUUGAAGAGUCUGAAAGGAAGAAAGUAUCUCGAUGCUUGGUGUGUGUACUUUUGGGCAACCACUCCUGUCAUGAUCUCUAUACUGACCUUUACCACAUAUGCUCUGCUGGGAAAUAAACUUACUGCGGCUAAGGUCUUCACCAGUGUGGCAUUGUUCAACAUGCUCAUCUCUCCUCUGAAUGCUUUUCCUUGGGUACUCAAUGGAUUGAUGGAGGCCUGGGUAUCAGUCAAAAGACUCCAGGCCUUCCUCUCAUUAGACAACCUGGACUUGACUGGGUACUACCAGCAACUAGACUGCUCUGACAUAGGAGAAGUGUCCAAGCCCCCUGAAGUAUUGAUAAAGAAUGGUCAUUUUACUUGGAGGCAGAAAGAGGAGCCUGGUGAAGAGGAGAGGGUUUUCUCAUCCAUUAGGGAGCUAACAAACAUCGACUUCUCCAUAGAAACAGGUCAACUGAUUGGUGUGAUAGGAAAAGUUGGCGCAGGAAAGAGCUCCUUACUGGCUGCCAUCACAGCAGAAAUGGAAAAACGUCUGGGACAGGUUUUUGUAAGGGAGCUUGACGGAGGAUUUGGCUUAGCUGCCCAGGAACCAUGGAUUCAACACGGGACAGUGAAGGAAAACAUUUUGUUUGGUAAACCCUUCGACGUGGAGAAGUAUAGUGCGGUUAUCUACGCGUGUGCUUUGGUGGAGGAUCUUCAAAUACUUCCAGAGGGUGAUGAAACAGAAAUUGGCGAGAAUGGUGUGACGCUGAGCGGAGGACAGAAGGCUCGCGUGGCUCUAGCCAGAGCUGUUUAUCAGGAUAAAGAAAUCUACCUCCUUGAUGAUCCCCUUGCCGCGGUAGAUGCACACGUGGCCGCUCACCUCUUCCAACAUUGCAUCAUGGGACUGCUUAAGAAUAAGACCAGGAUCCUUUGCACGCAUCACACAGACUUCUUGUCAGCCGCUGACCAGGUUGUUGUAAUGGACCACGGCGCAAUUGUCCACACUGGUCCGCUCAAGGGAAUUCUACACGCGGAACAAAUUAUGAAAACCGUAACGGAUCGGCCUGAGGAAGAUGAAAAGCACACUGAAGAUAAAACGGAAAGUUCUGAGGAGAUAAAUGGAGAGAACAAAGACGAAGGGUUAGUGAAAGAAGAAGAGAAAGAAGUGGGCGUGGUCAAACUGCACGUGUACAAGUCGUACUGGCUUGCAAUUGGUCAUUGCCUGGGAACGAGUAUUUUACUCUCAUUGUUUUUAAUGCAAGCUUCUCGUAAUGUGAGUGACUGGUGGCUGGCCCACUGGAUUUCUCACUCACGUGCCAGCAACAGUACAGCGCGUCAGCACGUGAACUUAACAACGUCACCUCAAUGGUAUCAAGUGAUUGCACCUGUGCUGAAUGCUGGCCAGUUAGGAAUGCAUGUUCAUAUCGUCAAGGAUACUGUGACGUUUUAUCUGCUUGUGUAUGGCGGACUUGCUGUCGCCAACACGGUUUUCACCCUAUUCCGAGCUUUCUUGUUUGCUUAUGGAGGCAUCUGUGCCGCCAAAGUUCUUCACUCGAGAUUGCUGAAGAGCAUUUUAUCCGCUCCUGUAUCAUUCUUUGAUGUCACUCCGAUCGGACGAAUCGUCAACCGUUUCUCCUCAGACAUAUAUUCUAUUGACGAUAGCCUUCCCUUCAUUCUCAACAUUUUUCUGGCCCAGGCCUUUGGCGUGGCUGGCACAGUAGUGAUCACGUGUUACGGUUUACCUUGGUUUCUUCUCGUCCUAGUCCCUCUCGUUCUUGUGUAUUACUACAUUCAGAACUACUAUCGUAGAACGUCCAGGGAGUUAAAGCGUCUUAUGAGCGUGACUUUGUCACCGAUCUACGCCCAUUUCUCCGAGACUCUGACAGGACUUGCCACCAUACGAGCACUGAGAGACGAGGCAAGAUUCAAACAAGAGAACGAACACAGGCUGGAGACCAACCAAAGAGCGAAUUUCUGUGCCCUUGUCGCGUCUCAGUGGCUCGGACUCUUCUUGCAAUUCAUUGGUGUCGCCAUGGUAACAGCCGUGGCCUUUAUUGCUGUGCUUGAGCAUCAUUUUAGCACUGUAGAUCCUGGGCUGGUCGGUCUGGCCAUCUCAUACGCGCUGUCUGUCACGGACCGGCUGUCAGGCAUGGUGACGUCAUUCACUGAGACGGAGAAGCAGAUGGUUAGUGUGGAGAGAGCUGUGCAGUACAUUGAGGACAUCCCAUCGGAAGUCAGCCCUCAGGGAACGGUCCCGUCCUUGUGGCCCUCUCACGGUCAACUCACUUUUCGAAAUGUCAGUCUUGUUUAUCGAGCUGGUUUACCCCAAGCACUUCGUACAGUAUCUUUCUCGACAACUGCUGGAGAAAAGUUUUCCGAUGCUGAGCUGUGGACGGUCUUAGAGCGAUGUCACCUUCUCCAAUCUGUAAGAGAACUCGGCGGCCUUGACGCUGACGUAGGUGAACGCGGGCGCCAUUUUUCGGUUGGUCAGCGGCAACUGGUAUGCUUGGCAAGAGCACUCCUGACAAGAGCCAAGGUGCUGUGUAUUGACGAAGCAACAGCAAGCGUUGACCUUGAAACCGACCAGCUGAUCCAAAAGACAAUUAAAAGUGAAUUUAGAGACAGCACUGUUUUGACCAUCGCUCACAGGCUUGACACUAUCAUGGACAGUGACCGUGUUCUCGUGAUGGAUCGGGGGACUGUGCUAGAGCUUGACACUCCGCAAGUGUUGCUGGGAAACAGGCGCUCGUUCUUUUAUGGGCUUGUUCACAGCACUAGAACUGAAGACCAAUGAAUGCUGGUGGAAACUUUUAUACAUCGCUGUGUAAAUAACGAUAAACGUUACCGAAGAAACCACUGACAAAAGAUUUCGUUAGAGCGCAGAUAGGAGGCGUGCUGGAAGGGAAGUUAAAUUAAAAUUCUUAAAAUUCAACACUCAAAAGACGAUAAGAAGUUGUAGAAACUAAGAUAUAACGGUCACGAAAAUGCCAAGCAUCAAUCCACUAUUUAUGUCCAAAUAAACUAACCGGUUCAACUUACUUCUUCUAGUUGUCGAUGGCAGGUCAAGUGUAUGUCUGGGAGGAGGUGGGGGUGUUACUGCCACGUUAUUCAAAUGCUUUCCCUAUUUCAGAUAACCUGAGGUUUUCAGACGGUCUGAGGUCGCAGGAGAGAGUAAGAGCGAGCGACCUCGUCUUGACAAUCUGGCAGUAUUUCAGGGUAGACUACAUCAUUUUCCAGACCAUUUUCAGACCUGGCCAUUUGCGUAUCUACAGUAGUCUAUCAUUUUUGUUUAAAGAUAAAAAAGAAUUAAAGCAAAAAAAAAAAAAAAGCAAAAAAGCAUGAAGAAAAGAGAGAAGUGCGUUCUGCAAAUACGCUCUUGUGGUUUUCCUAGAAACGAUGCGCAAUUUCAAAUCCAAAAUCAAAAUCUGGCUUGCACAAAACUUUAAUACCAUCGAUUACAUAAGGGAACGCACUAGGAUGGGCAAGACAAGACAGACGAAAAAUGUGCGAUGUAUAAACUUACCAGGAGACUUGUGUGGGAACCUACGGGGAGAGCACCGGGAAUACACCAGAGGGAGCACCUAGGAGUCGCGCCGGAAAGCCUUUGGGAACGCACUGGAAUAGACACAAAGAAACAAGCAAGGAACGAUAGUGUUACGCGCGCACGAGGAAAUGCAUUGACUGACAAACCCACAAGCAGUUCACGCGAAAAUGCAUCGGCGGAAGAGCGGCCUAGGAACGAACAGGGUUCGGCAGGGUGAUUCAGUGUAACGCGAAAGAAAACGCACAGGAAACUCACAGGAACACGGUCGAACGUACGAGAGAACAUGCUCGGGGACGCAAGAUGUUGAGAGCGCAUGAACGAAUGCAUGGAAAAGUAAUAACAACAUGCGUGGGAUUGGGCUAGUAAAGAACUGCUCCACAUUCGAGCUCACCAAAAUU